GCCGCGUCCCAUUCACAGAUUCUGCGAUUUUAGGCUAGGCGCAAUUUAUCGGCGCAGGUUAGACACGUGUCAUAACCCGGCAAAGAGGUUUGAGAAGGGGCUGCCUCGAUUCGGCGGGAACGUAACUCGGGCGCUGCUGAUGCGGUCGCAGGGCGAUGGGCCUGUCGAAGCGAGUGUCAUCGUGGACGGUGGAAGAAGUGUCGGAGUGGGUGCGAGAGCAGUAUCCAGCCGACAUGGGCGCGCUCCAUACGGCCAUCGUCACGCACGCUAUAUCAGGCCGUGCGUUGCUGAGAUUGAAGGAUCAUCACCUGGAGCUACUCGGGGUGGAAGCUGAGGAGCAGCAGCAGGAAAUCUUGCAGGACCUCCUCCUCCUCAGAGUUCGGGAAGAAAUCAAUGAACUCAGUGACAUCUGCUCCGACUGUUUUUUAUCCGUAACGGAAAAUAAAUCUCCAGAAGAAAUGCAGCUUAAUUUUUAACAAAAUUUCCCCUCCAUCCAUUCAACCACGUGACGGAGAGAGAAAAUGUGGGCACUGAGAGAAGGUGAAAAGGAAUGAGGAAGGAAGAGAAAGAAACCUACUUCCUGUAUGAAAUCUGACCUAUAAGGAUGGAUGAGAUUCAUUUUUGUCUGUCUUUUUCUGAGCCUUACUGUCCGUUAGUCUCUCUCUCUUUUUCUCUCUAUAGUGGGCUUUUAUUCCAACGUAGUAUUAUAAAGUACUGUGUUUGAUAUACGGAAAGGCUACGAGUCCAUCAGUAUCCCUCACAGUUGUUUAUUACUAAGAAUAACAGCUUCCAUUGCGUUGUUGACGACAGAUAAUAGAUCUUUUUUUCACCCAAUUAGCAGGAUUGACAAAAUACCAGGACAAGUACUUGUUAGUUAUGCAAUUUGAAGACACCUACGAGUUAAACGAGGUCAAACCUAAAUCAGAAACUUGAACUAAAUUGUGGACGUUUUGAUAAAAUCAAAACAAGGCCUCAAAAUAAUCAGUAAAAGUUCGCAGAUGUAGUAGAACGGGAUCGCACGUGUAUUUCUUACUGGGCUCUCCACUGCGUGAUGGGCCUCUGCUACCGUGCUGUUUAAUUAAACUCUCGGGAAAACGGGGGAAUUACAGGAAGAAGCAGAUGGACGGAGAAAAGCCAAAAGUCGGAGUUGAUAGUUUUCAAUGUAAACAUUUCUGUGUCAGGUGAGAAAAGCUGAAUCCAAACAGUAAUUUUCUCCUACUCUUUUCUUUCACGCGCGCCGGCGGAAAUUGAUUUCACAAUCCAGCUGCUGGUUUAAAUCUACUGUGUUUAUUUGUCCCCAUAUAUAUAUUUUUUAAAAUAUUUUCUGGCUGUUUAUGAUAAUGUGAUUGAGACGGCUCCUGCUCAAACCGCUUAGCAGCUGGUACUUGCAAAGACUGAUCAUUUGUGAGCGUCCUUAAUGCAAGUUGUCCUAAAACUUUCAGAUACCUUUCUUUUUAUACUGUCCCAUGUUUCCUUUAUUUAUGAUGUUGGCCUCAUUUUGGUGUGUGUGUGAUAGCAUCAAUAUUACUGCAUUUGUAUUACAUAAAAGGUCAUGUCUAUUUCUGAACAUUUUUGCAUGGCGCUGCUCCAGCAUGGUCAGCUGAAUUAAAAGU